AUGUGGACCUUCGACGAGGUAAACCCGCUGGCUGCGAGCGACGAUGGGCCGCACUUGGCGGCGCUGUCAUGCUGCGCGGGCGGCGGGGGCGGGGAAGGCGGAGGCGGAGACGGCGGAGGCGGAGACGGAGACGGGGACGGCGGCGGAGGCGAAGGCGGAGGCGGGCUGGCGAAGUGGAGGUUUCCGCGGGUGAUGGAGCCCUGGCUGAGGAACGGGAAGAAGAACGAGAGCGCCGCCGACGGAGGCGGAGGCGGAGGCGGAGCGUUUUUGGCGGCGAGCGCGGUGUGGGAGUGGACGAGAAGCAGCGCGAGCACCAUCGGAAGCGCGGCCCUUGUUGCGCGGAGGUUUGCGUGGCCCGCGCACGCGGCGCUGGCUGACGUGGCGGCCAUGUGGAGAGUGGGUUGUUUGGCGGCGGAACGAAUGGACGUCGAAAUGGAUGGAGGGAAGUCGGCUGCACCGAAAACGCUAUGCGCGCUCCGGGAGGAGGGGCAGGAAGAAUGGGUUAUCCUGCAAACUGGGGCAAGGAAUCCCAACUUCUUCAGGAGUUUGCUGGGAGGAAAUGGAAUUAUGGGGUGCUUCUUGUAUGGGGAACUCCUCGUGGUUUUGUGGGGUGCGAGUGCAGCAAACAAACAUGCUGUCUGUCACAGAGACGAAGGGGCACCAACAGAAUUUCGGUUCAGGGAGAUUGACAAAUUCGGCUUGUCGGAGGGGGGCGGUUGGGGCGCGCCGCGGGGAGAGGGCGGCGGGGUGAUUCGCGAGAAAUGA